CAGUUGAACGCUAACCGCGCCAUCGAGAGGAAGUGGAUUACUGCUGCCCAGCUGCCAGAGUGAAGUGCAUUGAAAGCAUAGCGAAUCAGAACGAAAUUCUAGACGUAUCACGCAUACGCCCGGUAGUACAGCCGAAUACCCAAAUAUCCGAAUAUGUCGCCGAGAAGGAGCUUGCUGUGCUGCCUGCUGGUGAGCAGCAUCCUGGUGCUGCACCAGGCUCAGGCCAACAUCGAGACAAACGAUGUGAAUGACCCCAAUUACUACAUGCUGCAGGGUGUGCGUGUGUAUCCCAAUGACCGACAGUGCGUCAUGGUCGGAGGACUGUGCGUCGCGGAGUCCGACUGCAUCGAACCCACCUCGAACAAGGGAUUGUGUCCCACGAGUGCCGGAGAGGGCGUGGAGUGCUGCUACGAACUCCGAUCAAACCCAACACCUGCUUCGCACCGCUAAAAAUCUAACCACAAUCAAAUUGGCAUCGUUACCGAAUUACCCGAAUAUCGCCACUAACCCCCGACAACCCGAUCCAUUCUGUGUGUCCCAUCGCCCUCGAAAACGUCAAACGUCAUCCCAUUGCCGUUGCAGUGCCGGUCAGACCAGCGCCCUGUGCGGAACACCUGGGACAGUGCAUGGACCGUUGCCACCAGAGGCUCCUGCGACCCGGUUUGGAUUGCAAGAAUGGCCAAGUCUGCUGCGUCCUGAUUUAGUUAUACUUAACCACACCACACACAUACCCGUGCAGAGGAACAGCAUCGCCAAAUCUUAACAAGUUUGGCAAGUCAGUGUGACAAUUCGAAUACCUAAAGUCUAUAUUUGAGACUUCUAGAAUUUUCGAAAAAUAUUAACAUUAAAUUGAUUUGAGCGCUGAGCGGAUUGAAACUAAUUUGGUUGUGUCUUUCCUCUGUACACACACACACACACACCGUACAUAAACAUGUAUUUAUUUAACUAUAUGUAUAUUAAUUAUAUUGUACGAAUAAUUUUGUAUGACAUCUUAAGAACCCCAAAACUACCCACAAUGUGAAAUAUUUGACUGCUUCCAAUAAAUGCAUUGUAAAUAUUUUCCAAAA